AUGAACCGCCCCGCCAACUCGAGAAUUGUGCCCGUCCUCUCGGGCGACGAAACGCGCUACCGCCGCCGAUACCGCGCCCUCAAGGAUAUCGUGAACGAGUUGUCGGAUGAAUCAAACCUUCUCGCCCUCCGCGUCUACCAGAUCCAGCGCCGGAUCUACGAUGCAUACAUGGCUGCCCACGGCCGCGCGCCACCACCCGUCCCCGUACCAGAAGGCGCCGCGUGGUCCCCGCUCGUCCAGAAUGCAACGCACUACCCCGCCGACAUUGGCAAGCCUUCCGACAUGGUCAAUGGCAAGCAGCGCGCGGCCGAACCUGAUCAAUCGCCCAGCAGCGACGACGAGGCCCGCGAUGUCGACGCCGAGAUUGAGGACAUGAUGGACGACUACUAG